AUGCCUAAAUCUAGCUUUGAUUUUUCCAUCAAAUUCUUCCAUCCACCACAUCGCACUGUUCCAUUUCAUAAUGGUUUAUUGAAUACACGGACGAAGCAUACGGUAGCUCAAGAUCGUCUCGUUGUUGCUGAACGUCGUAUGCUCGAUGUUGAACGGCGAAAAUCAGUUAGUAAUCUGCAAACUUUGGCGUUUGAACAAAAGCAAUUCGAGAAAAAGCGUGCUCUACUUCAAAAACAUCAUAUGAACUCAACUUCUUUUGAACGACCGUCUACAAUGCGUCAUCGGUCAUCGAGUGAUGUCACUUUUCCUCUUAUACGCCCAUCAAGUCCUUUUACCGGAUCCUUACCAAAUCGUCUUUCGAAGCUAUCCAUAAGUCUUAAUGACAGCAAACAGAAUCUUUUAGCUCUGCCAAAAAUCACGGUCUCCGGACGACGAUUCUCUGCGUAUUCGGAUGGCGAUACAUCGGAAAAUUCUAUCUUUACCAGUGAUGUCGAUAGCGGCGGUGAAGAAGAAGAACAUGCCGAACCCAUCGCUCGCAAAACGUUGACAAUGAAGAAUGAAGAACCUCCAAGACUCCUUUUACAAGUGCGAAAACCAUUACCACCUAUCGUGUCGAUAAUUCCACCUGAAGAAGAUGUACUAUAUCUAACACACACGGAGUUUUUGCAUGUUUGA